UCCACGUUGGAUCAAGUGCGGCGUACAGAGCAAGCUGCAUUAAGAUCACCGGCAGUGCACAGGAGCAGCGGCACGCACUGGGAGACGCGGCUUCUUCCUUCUGCCAGGCAAUUUUACCGCGCGGAUCUUACUUGUCUGCCGGGGGAGAUCUGUGUAUUUUUUUUUUAGACCCGUCUUCUCCCUUUCCACCCUCCCCUCUCUUGUCCACACACUCACACGGAGACGCACACACAUCCCUCCGAUUGUUCCUACCACCUCCUUGGUGAGUUACCGACAACGACAGCCAUUCAAUCAGCUGCUACUGCCGCUGGAGAGACUCGCGGACUGUGUGGACUGCCUGUUCGGGGAAGAAAAGAUUCAGAUGUAGCUUUUCUGGUGGUUCUUUUUUUUCUCGGUUGGAUCGAGGAACCGGAGAGAGGCACCGAGGCGGCGGAGGACUGAGUCUCUGCCAUUGGGGCUGCUGUGCUGGAAAGGAAAACUCUCGCCCAUUGGGGUGAGAGGACGAGAUACACACACACACACAUACAUAUACCCACAAUUUUCGGCCGGAUGAAAAUGUUGAAUCCUGCCAACGGAGAGCAGCUCCAUUUAGCGAACUAUGUGGAGGAUUACCUGGACUCGAUCGAAUCGCUGCCUUUCGAUCUGCAGAGAAAUGUCUCCCUGAUGAGGGAAAUUGAUGCCAAAUACCAAGAGAUCUUAAAAGAACUCGAUGACUAUUAUGAAAAAUUCAAACGGGAAACAGAUGCAGUACAAAAGAGAAGAUUAUUGCAUUGUAUUCAAAGGGCACUGAUACGAAGUCAAGAACUGGGAGAUGAAAAGAUCCAGAUUGUCAGCCAAAUGGUAGAACUCGUCGAGAACAGAACUAGACAAGUUGAUAGUCAUGUAGAAUUAUUUGAAACCUGUCAAGAGACCAAUGACAUUACUGGAAAUAGUGGUAAGGCUAAUCAAGAUAAAUCAAAGAAUGAAACACUGACUCAGGCAGAAAAGCCCAACAAUAAGCGAUCUAGGAGGCAAAGAAAUAAUGAAAACCGUGAGAAUGCUUCUAAUAAUCAUGAUCAUGAUGACAUCACUUCAGGAACACCAAAGGAGAAGAAAGCAAAAACUUCCAAGAAAAAGAAGAGGUCUAAGACCAAAGCAGAGAGGGAGGCUUCCCCUGCAGACCUGCCCAUUGAUCCCAAUGAACCAACCUAUUGUUUGUGUAACCAGGUCUCCUAUGGAGAAAUGAUAGGCUGUGACAAUGAUGAAUGCCCAAUUGAAUGGUUUCACUUCUCUUGUGUGGGACUCAAUCAUAAACCCAAAGGCAAGUGGUACUGUCCCAAAUGUAGAGGAGAAAAUGAGAAAACAAUGGACAAAGCCCUGGAGAAAUCUAAAAAAGAAAGAGCUUACAACAGGUAGUUUAUAGAUCAGAAGCAAAUAAAGCCCUGAGAACUGAUAUUUAUUUCCUGCCUCACCUUUUUGUUGAGGUUGCAGGAUUGUAAAAUGUAUAUUUUUAAAGGAUUUAUACAUCAAACCAUUCUUGUCAUAGGAAUGGCAGUAGGAAAAACGUUUGGUUUUUUUUCCUUUGAUACAGUUGUUAGCAAAAAAUGAACUGUUGGUCAAGGCAUAGAGCAAAAUAAUAAUGUUAACAUGUAAUAAUGUUCAGGUUCAUCUUAUAAAAAACAUAUUUUCACAAGCUGGUAAGACUUCACCAGUGAAAAUGUAGAUGGAAACGUGAAUAACAUUUCCAUUCUUCCUUGUAGAAGAAUGUGGUCUUGUUUUUCCAGAAAAUUAUUCUGUAGUUUGAAUAAAGCAGCAUAAUUUGCAAGUUCAAUGAAAAGUACAAUCAAAUGAAGAGCCUAGAGUGCUUAAACCACCUUAUUUUAGUUGGUUUAGACACACUUCACUCUGAAUUGGUUUUAUGGCUAUUUACUUGGAAGUAUGUGUUCUUUGUUUCAGUUAAAAUAAUUCUAAAACUAUGAGAGAUCACCAUACACCCUAUUAAUACAUCUUACAGACCAUUGCUUUCAGUGGGUUUUGGUUUCUAAGACAGAUGUUUAUAUCAGGGUGAAUUUUUCUGAUGGUGAUUGAUGCAAUAGCAAAAGAAAAGAAGUUACAGCAUGGCUCCUGUUAAAUGUGUCACUCUUAAUAGCUCUCAAUGACAACAUGUUACAAGCUUAUUUUUUAAAAUGCAGACGGUUAAAUUUUACACAACAUAUUUUAUAUACUGGCCAACUACCAGAAAGGCCUUUUAAAAAUGAUUUAGUAUAUUUUGUAUUUAACCAGAAAAUGGUUUAGUAGUGAAACUUAACAUAAAUCAAGGCUUUAUACUGUCACAGAAUAAUAGUGUAGCAGUCUUUACUUUGUAUAAGUUGUACAAAUGUACAUUUUCAAGUGGAGUUGCACUUAAUUGUAUUAUAAUUGGAAAUGCAUCUACAUGCCAUGAUGUAGUCGAUAUGCAUUUCCUUAUGUAUGUAUGAAAGUUGUACAGUUGUGAUAUUACGGAAUAAAUUAAAC